GACAUCCGUUUGAUUCACCGUGCAUCAUGAGGCCGAUCAGAGAAGGCGAGGCGCUGGUGGGGGUCGCCGGGGCUCCGGCGGCGGCCGGCCACGGCGCGCACCCGGCGUUCUGGAGGACGCCGACGCCGUACAUCUUCAUCGGCUUCACGCUCAUGAUGGGGAUCAUCGCCGUGGCGCUGCUCGUGCUCGUCUGCACGCGCCGCAAGCCGUCCGGGUCGUCGCGCCGGGGGAGCGCCGGCGAGGAGGCGUCGGCCCGCGGGAUGGUGCCGCUCGACAGGGAGCCCAGUGUCGUCGUCACCAUGCCCGGCGACGACUUGCCGUCCUUCCUCGCCAGCGCCAGGCCGUUCGCGUUCCCUGACGCCGUCGAGCCGCCACGCCAGCCGGACGCGGCCUAAGCGCGCGCGCCGCGCCCGUGUGCCCUGCUGGAGGCGGGACCAAUUUUGUUCAUCAAUCAGAUUUCUAGGAUUUAUCCUAAGUAAUUUUGUCACCAGUAGUAGUAUCUAGUCGAGGAGAUCUGUGAAAGCGAAUGAAGUUUCGGCUUUGCAUUGC